AACAGACUGCUGCUUUGAAAGAAUGAUUCUCUCUCACUGAUGAAAAUAUUCCUAACUGUCCAUCAUGAACAGUGAAGAGGAGUUUUAUGAUGCAGAGACAGGUUUGGAAUCAGAUGACUCCUGUGAAGUCAGCUUUAAAGAUGCCUCUGGGUUCGAAAAAAAACAGUCAUCUAAUGGCUGUGUGCGAUCAGAGAAUGGAAUGUCGGAACGAAGGACAACCCUCCCUGCCCCCAUGUUUUCCAGACAUGACUUCAGUAUUUGGGGCUUCCUGAAGAAAUGCAUAGGGAUGGAGUUGUCCAAGAUAACUAUGCCAGUGGUUUUUAAUGAGCCACUGAGCUUUCUUCAGAGACUUACAGAAUACAUGGAACACACAUACCUCAUUCAUAAAGCUUGCACACUAUCUGAUUCUAUAGAGCGUAUGCAGCUUGUUGCUGCAUUUGCUGUGUCUGCUGUGGCGUCACAGUGGGACAGAACUGGAAAACCUUUUAACCCUUUGCUGGGAGAGACCUAUGAGCUCAUAAGGGAAGAUGAGGGAUACCGGUUGAUGUCUGAGCAGGUUAGCCACCAUCCCCCAGUUAGUGCUUUUUACGCUGAAUCACUUAGCCAAGAUUUUCAGUUCCACGGCUCUAUCUAUCCCAAACUGAAGUUCUGGGGCAAAAGUGUAGAAGCAGAACCGAAAGGAACUAUGACACUAGAGCUAUCUAAGCACAAGGAGGUUUACACAUGGGCAAACCCUAUGUGCUGUGUGCAUAAUGUCAUCAUAGGCAAAUUGUGGAUCGAACAGUAUGGAACAGUAGAGAUCAUCAACCACAGCACCGGGGACAAGUGUGUACUUGCUUUUAAGCCUUGCGUUAUGUUUGGCAAAGAACUGCACCGGGUGGGAGGUCAUAUCCUUGACAAGAGUAAGAAGAAGCGGUGUAUUCUGUAUGGGAAGUGGACAGAGUGUCUUUACGCCAUAGAUCCAAAGGUCUAUGAAACAAAUAAGAAGGCAGACAAGAAAAGUGGAAAUUUGAAGAAACACAAGCAGGAACAAAGUACUGGUAGUGGUGCUGAUGAUGCUGAUGAAAUGCCAGAGGUUCAGGAAACAGUCACUAUGAUCCUUGGCAGUACAUUAUUGUGGAGGAUAACCCCUAGACCUGCACACUCGAGCCAGAUGUAUAAUUUCACCAGCUUUGCCAUGAUGCUCAAUAAACUGGCUCCUGGCAUGGAGGGUAUCAUAGCACCAACAGACUGCCGCCUGCGUCCAGACAUAAGAGCAAUGGAAAAUGGAGACAUAGACACUGCGAGUCAAGAAAAGGAACGACUUGAAGAAAAACAACGGGCUGCACGUAGAGAACGUGCUAAUAAUGAGGAGGAGUGGUCCACCAGAUGGUUCCAGCAGGGCACAAAUCCUUAUACAGGAACCUCAGACUGGAUCUACACAGGUGGUUACUUUGACAGGAAAUACUCUGACCUCCCUGAUAUCUACUGAUUGGAAAAAGAGCAAGUUUGCUUAUACCUCUGGUCUCUUCGUCACCUGGUCCUUAUCAUUAUCUACUCACAAAAAGCCUUUAUAUUUUUUAUAGUAUUAUUUUUUUUCUUUCAGCUAUCAAUAUGUGAGACAUACAUGAAUAGUUCACUGAACUUAUUAACAAAAUCUCUUCUGCCUACAUUUCAACCAAAUCUUUAUAUUUAAAAUCUAAAACCCAGAACUUAAUACGGCUGAUUCCUUUUUUUUUUUAUGUAGGAAAUGCAGUAUGCUUUCCCCACUCCCACACGUAAUUUACUUUUAUGGUAAAACACAUAGGUAAGACUAAGUUUAUGUAUAGUGAUUAAUGCACAAAUCGGGCUCCUCAUCAUAUGUCAUGCUUGUUAUACUCAGGUGUUUUAUGGAUACACUAUAUUAUUGAUGGCUUGUUACUACAUUAACAGCGAUGGAGUUUUAUGAGACUCUUUUAGCUUUUUAUGGUCAGACUAAUGCAACUAUUGUAUCAUUACUAUAAUAGCUAAUAAAUUGUCCA